CUUUGAGAACAAUAUACAUUAUUCAUAUGCCCCAUCCUAUCUACAUCCGUUACGUUCACUUACAGAUCCAAAGCUCUGGAGAUAUAGAUAUAGUAGUAAUGCAUGGACCAGACUCGACGACGGAAAUAAAUGCUGCAAAUCGAAUAGAAUGCGUAUGGAUGGAUGGACCGAUGAUCUGUGCGUAGAUUCUAAUAGCGAUGGAAGGGUGUAGUAUAAACGCCAGAAGAAACGAGGAGAAAGGAACAACACACAGUUAACGACACUGCGCGCAACCGGGACCUGCAGACAAUGCGACACCAAAAGCAAAACAUGCCGCGUCAAUACUCCAGCCAUCCAUUGCAAAACAAACAAUCUCCUCCGGCGCGAGAAACAGACCGUCCGGGUUCUACGCGAGAUAAUAUAAGGGUAUCACAGCCCAGACGUACCCAUGCAAUAUAAUACCAUAUCCAUAUCCCACCC